UGGAAACACGUACAUACUUUGACAACAAACCCAUAAAACAUGUUGAGGAAUUACAGGUAUUACUUCCUGGCUCACCCACACAGGCCCAACAUGUCAUAAAGUGAAUACAAGGUCAGAAUGCAUUGCACGUGGACAUGGGAGGGGAGGCAGGAAGCAGGAGGCUGAAAGCGGGCAGAUAAAACAUUUACUCCUAAUGACUCGCCUUUAACGGAGCAGACCAGCAGCACCAUGGACAUCGGCUCUGCAAUUUUAAUAAUUGGCUUCGCUGCUCUUGUUGCAGCCUUCCUCCUUCUGGUAAUUGGACUUGUGUACUCCGAGCUGAUGAAUUCAGACAUUCCUCGUGGGGUUGCAAAUAGUGGGAAACUGCACAUGGUUCAUGGCUUGUUCGUCGGCAUAGCAAUUGUGGGCCGGAUCCUGCAGCGUCUGGGUGUUUGUCAACAGGUCAGCUUCAACCGCUGGUUUGUGGCCUGUUUCCUGACUCACUUAAAUCCAGUUCCUGCGGGCCUGCGAGUGAAGGACCUGACAUUUUCAGAGGUGCCAGUGCGAGUCUAUGAACCUACCACUGUGUGUGACGGCUUGAGAAGGGCACUCGUGUAUUUCCACGGAGGAGGAUGGGUGUCGGGCAGUAUAGAUUCUGUUGAUGAAGUCUGUCGGCACAUCGCCAAAGAGUCGGGCACCACUGUGGUUUCUGUUGGGUACCGAUUAGCCCCUGAGCACAGGUACCCUGCCCAGCUGGAUGACUGCGAGACAGCGACGUGUCACUUCCUGUCUGUGGCUGAGGCAGAGUUCAGCGUAGACCCACGCAGAGUGGCAGUCGGAGGAGACAGCACUGGGGCUAACCUGGCAGCAGCACUGUGCCAAAGGCUGGCGAGGAGAGAGGAUGGACAUCUGCCGUCCCCCCGCGCUCAGGUCCUCAUCUACCCAGCCCUGCAGAUGGCAGAUUUCAACCUGCCCUCAUACCAGCAGAAUCAUGCUGUGCCCAUAUUGUUUCGUGGCCGGAUGGCGUUCUAUUUCCUACAGUACAUCAAUGGGGACAUGUCUGUGUGCCAGGACGUGUUGGAAGGCAUUCAUGUCCCCACCGAGCUCAGGCCGUGCUUUAAGGAGUGGCUCUCCCCUUCCAACCUACCACCUGAGUGCCUUGCACGGGGCGUCUCUGAGCAGCCAACCCCAGAGUAUGAUGGGCAAGUGUAUCACGCAAUCAAACCUGGUUUGGAACAUGAGGUCUCACCUUUACUGGCGGACGACGCCAUCAUUCAGAAAACCCCGCCCACCUUCAUCCUGACCUGUGAGUACGAUGUCCUGAGGGAUGACGGGAUUCUUUAUAGGAAACGGCUGCUUGACUUGGAAAAAGACGUCACCUGGCAGCAUGUGAAGGAGGGAUUUCACGGCAUGAUUAACUUCUUUAACCAGGGCUGGCUCAGCUUUCCCUCUGCACUGCAGGUUGUCGAUUGUGUCGUUGACUAUGUGCAAACACUGUAAAGAUCAUAAAAUAGGAUCAUUGAUAUAUUUCUUAUUUCCGUCUUGUUUUUAUAUUUUAAUAAACAAAACUGGCCUCCAGUGGUGGAGUCUUCUUCCUCUUCUUCUUCUUCAUUAAAAGCUGAGUGUUCACAGAGGAGGAAAAAAAAACAAAACAAAACAAAACACACAGAAAUCUAUAAACAACACCUGUUUUAUUCCCGAAAAUGAAAAGCAGCCUGAGGGCUCGAAGACUGCACACACUCUCUGGCACCAUUCUAACAAUAUAGAGUAUACUGCUAAAAG